AUGAAGCCCUGGAUUCUCCUUCUCAUCAUGUUCAUCUCUGGGGUUGUGAUGCUUCUGCCUGUGCUCGGAAACCUCAGGACCAAAUCUGUCUUUGAAAUAAGAGAAAUCGAGCAGUGCUGGGUACAGCCUCCGUUAAAAUAUUGUGCGAAAAGAUGUACUAAAGUACGGACCUGUUUACAUCCUAAUCAUACAUGCUGCUGGACCUAUUGUGGAAACAUUUGCUUGGAUAAUGAAGAGCCCUUGAAAUCAAUGCUAGACCCCUAG